AUGUCUAUGUCCACGGAUGACUGCCAGAAGACCCGGGAGGGCUUCCCCCGCCCAUUCCCGAACACCCCGUCCAACGUGUUGGACCAGCUCAAGGUGACCGGAAAGGUCAUUGUGGUGACAGGUGCUGCUGAUGGUAUUGGCCUGGCCGUUUCGGAGGCCAUGGCUGAAGCUGGCGGUAAUGUCGCUCUAUGGUACAACUCAAAUGACGCUGCUAUUAAGAGGUCCGAAGAGUUGGCAAGCACACACAAUGUGAAAACCGAGGCUUACAAGGUUGAUGUUUCCGAGUCAACACAGGUCCAAGAGACGAUUGCAAAAGUUCUGAAAGACUUUGGCAAGAUUGAUGUCUUCAUUGCCAAUGCUGGCAUGGCCAUUUCGAAGCCAAUUCUGGAGCAGACUCUGGACGAAUACAGGAAACAGAUGUCUGUAAACGUUGACGGCAUCGUCUACUGCUCAAAGUACGCCGGCGAGGUCUUCCACCGUCAAGGUUUUGGCAACCUCAUCAUCACAUCCAGCAUGAGUGGACACAUCGUCAACGUUCCCGUUGACCAACCAGUCUACAACGCCACCAAGGCGUACGUAACGCACUUCGGAAAGUCUCUUGCGCGAGAAUGGCGCGAGUUCGCGCGGGUGAACAUCGUGUCUCCUGGUUUCUUCGACACGAAGAUGGGUGCUGGUCCUCAGGCCCUGCAAGAAGCGUAUCGUAUGGCGGCACUCGGAAGACAAGGUCACACCAAGGAGAUCAAGGGAUUGUACCUUUACCUUGCAAGUGAUGCGUCUACCUACAUGACGGGUAGCGAUGUCAUCAUUGAUGGUGGUUAUGUCUUGCCAUGA